AGAACAGGAAAAUUUGAAAAAUUUUCUCCUAUAAAUUCUUUCAUGAUAAAACAUUUAAAUAAAAUUUUUAUACUUUUCAGCAGGAAAUUAUUGUCACAAGUAAAUUGACUCGAGACAGAAUAAUAUCUUAUAAUCCUGUUGACGAAGAAAAUACAUUUUAAAAGAUUAUCACAUCCCUUUCCUUCCCUUUACUUUUGUGUAAAUAAUUAAUUAAUAAAUUCCUUCACUCGUGUACCAAUCUGACAGCGUUGUUUUCUCGUUUUCUCUCCGGUUUUACGAUCGGAACGCGAUGCAACGCGCCGCGUGCUGACCUUGAUUAUCAAUAAGGAAAAAUCGAUACAUAGAAUUAACGAGAACGCAGUAUACAAUGCCCUCCUCCGAGAAUUAACAGAAUCGCAGUUGUUCCGGCGUAGUCUUUUCAUGAUUCAAGCAAAUAAUAUCAGAGAGCUGCGUUCGACACUUCGGAGUUGCUUCGUAUGAGAUAAAAAAAGAAGCAACGCACAAAAAGCGGCGUGAUAAGAAGUCACACGAAAUCCUCGGGAGCAGGGCCGUGCCAAGCAACUCGGGCGCAAGCGCCAGUGAGAGGAUUGACUUUCAAAAAUUCGGUAAAAUCACGGUCUAAUUUACACGGCGCUACAUGUAGUAAUGUAACUACAUUACUACAUGUAUCUUUCUUUUAUCUUUCAUCUCGUCGUAUUUUGACAUCAAGUAUGGCGGAGCAGUUGCCUGUCUCAUCGGUCGUCAUACGAAACGCGUAUCAAAUGUUACAACAGCGACAAUUGGAGUGGACUCCUCGCAAUCUCGCUCCUUUUAGCCUGGGCUCGAGCGGCGAUUUCGAUUGGACGUAUCGUCGGAGACGACGUUAACGUUCGCCGAGAUUGGAUAGCAACGUCAUCUCUCGACUAUUGUACAUACAAUAGAGGACAUUUUGUAUUUAAGUUAAGACUGGUUGAUUUUGAAAUAUUAACAUAUUCAAAAGUGUCAAUUUAACGUUAUGUCAUUUGAAUAUUUCAAAUUAAAUUGGCAUUCGAUGUUUCUUAAUGUUAAAAUAACACAAUUUAUGGGUAAAUAAGCAAAUAGUAUAAAAAGAAUGUAGUUUUAAAACACGAAUGCUAAGAUUAUCGAAUAAAGUGUACGUGUGUAAACAUAUAUGUUAAUUUUACCGAAGAAGUACAUUUCUACACUUUGUUUUUAAUUUGUGUCAGAGCGUUACAUUUCCUUGUUAAUCUUUCACCUUGUUAAUAUUUUCUCUUUUUCUAAUUCCUAACAUGUUCGUCCUGUGUUAAAUUAACGCAGAAAUUUCAAUGUUCCAUUUGGGGCACGCGACGCAUGCUAAAAUUUAACGCGAAAUUUCCAACGGCGCUCCCCGUCGGAAGGGUAUAACGGUAACGUAAUGCGAUAGGCGCGCGGUUUAUCGCUUGCUCGCGUUCCGCAUGCCGCGGGCUCCGAAUUCGCCGAAUUCGAGGAGGCUCUCGCGACGGGCCUGAGCGAGCGGUCGCGGUCGGCGAGAGCGGCGCGGCUGCGCCGAGAGGCGCCGAGCGCGGCAGUAGCGAAAACGUGCACGGGUCCGACGACACGGCUGUGUGCGGGUCGUCCGUCCGCGGCAUUCGGGCGCGGCGCGAAUCGCGGGUGGCCAUGUAGAAAAAAGGGCCGCGCGGAUAGCGGCAACGACGGCGGCGGCGGCGACGACGACGACGACGACAGCGGUGGCGCUUAACCGUGGGACUUUACCGCGGGUGCGUUGCGGUGCGGUACCCGUGUGCGACGAGCUGCGGCGGACGGGGCGCCGGUGCGCUCAGGCUGCACUUUCUGCACGCGCAGAAGCUCUGGAGUGUGUUCUCACUACGCCGUAGUAUAUUAUCGCGUAUAUUCCGCACGUACCACGCGCGCGCGUGUAUACAUAUACACGGUGGCGCGCGCGCAUGUGUACACGUAGAGCCGCGCGGAACGGACACACGUGUGGUGUGGGUCCGCGUAGCGCGUCAGAGACGUUUCUAUCCGACGCGGAUAUGGGCGUCGUAUCGCGUUAGCCGCGCGGAUCCGUGAGGUUCGCUCGUCCGAUUCGUGACGCGUCCAGCGGGAACGGACGAUAACGGUGACAAGUGCCGCGGCGCGGCGAGGGAAGAGGACGGGGCAGGGAGACAGCAGGGAGAGCGAGGAACGUGAGUGUCAGCGAGAGGGGAGGGGGGGCAGGACGGAAGGGGAGCGGGUAUGGAGAACGCCAUGCAGCCGCCACCUCCACCGCCACCCCCGCCUGCCUUCGACAUGCCACGGAGCAGCACGGAGCAGACGGUCACCCACGAGUUGAUAUUUGUAAAUCUAGCGGACAACGGCAGCCAGAAAGUGGACAUGACACACUUCGACCUGCUGAAAGUCCUUGGCACCGGAGCUUACGGCAAGGUUUUCUUAGUGCGAAAGAGAACGGGUGCUGAUGCUGGGCGGCUUUACGCUAUGAAGGUGCUGAAGAAGGCCUCCAUCGUGCAGAAGAAGAAGACGACAGAACACACCAAAUCUGAACGACAAAUUCUGGAGGCUAUCAGGGACAGCCCGUUCCUAAUAACUCUCUAUUAUGCGUUUCAAACUGACGAUAAGCUCUGUUUGAUCUUAGAAUACGUCGCCGGCGGUGAAAUGUUUACGCAUCUGUAUCAGCACGACUGCUUCACGGAGGACGCAGUACGAUUUUACAUCGGCGAAAUUAUCCUGGCGCUAGAGCGCCUUCAUGAUCUUGGCGUAAUCUAUCGGGACAUCAAACUUGAAAAUAUACUCUUGGACAAGGAAGGGCAUCUUGUGUUGACGGAUUUUGGUCUCAGUAAAGAGUUUCUACCGCACGAGAGAAAUGGCAACGCGCGUACUUACUCGUUUUGUGGAACUAUCGAAUACAUGGCACCGGAAGUGGUAAAGGCUGGCCCGAACGGCCACGACAUCGCCGUCGAUUGGUGGAGUGUGGGCGUGCUAACGUUCGAAUUACUGACCGGUGCGUCGCCUUUUACGGUGGAGGGUGAGAAAAACAACCAGCAAGAAAUAUCGAGGAGGAUAUUAAAGAACGAUCCACCACCUAUGCCAAGCCACUUGAGUGUUAAUGUAAGCGAUUUUAUUACUCGCUUGCUGGUCAAAGAUCCACGACAGAGAUUGGGCGGUGGACCGCGCGACGCUAAAGAACUCAAGGAGCAUCCCUUCUUCAUGGAUGCGGCGCCAGCAUUCACUUGGGAGGGUUUGGAGAAGAAACAAAUCAAGCCGCCUCUGGUUCCAAAAAUCACGCAUGAAUUGGACACCACGAAUUUUUCAGACGAAUUCACAAAGAUGAACGUCGCACUCGACAGCCCGGCAGUAGUUGAUGUUGACUACGCUGAUAAACAUUUUAGGGGUUAUUCGUAUGUAGCACCUUCGAUACUGUUCACCGACAACGUAGUGAGUAGGGAUAUCUUCGGUGGCGAGGAAGGUACCAGUUCGCAGCGACCUUUGUUGUCCGAUCUGCUCAACACGUGUUUCGAGGAGUCCACGUUCUUCCAGACGUACGAGCUAGAUCAAGCGGGACCAGCUCUGGGCGACGGCAGCUUCUCGAUUUGCCGACGGUGCCGUAACCGCAAGACCCAGCAGGAAUAUGCCGUGAAGAUUGUCAGUAGGCGGGUGGAUUGCAGUCGGGAGGAGAGUCUGUUGCGUGCGUGCCAGCGACACGCGAACGUGGUGAAAUUGAUAGACGUUCAUCACGAUCGACUCCACACGUACAUCGUGAUGGAAUUGCUCUCGGGUGGAGAAUUGUUGCAACGUCCGCGACCAUUCUCGGAACGGCAGGCGAAACGGGUGAUGCGGCAGUUGGCGUCCGCGGUGCGGUACAUGCACUCGUGUGGUGUGGUGCAUCGUGAUCUCAAGCCGGAGAACAUCGUGUAUGUGCAUCAAGGCGAGAAUUCGUCGGUGAAGAUAGUUGACUUUGGAUUCGCCCGAAUGAAGAACAGCUGCGAGCCGUUGCACACGCCCUGCUUCACGCUCCCGUAUGCUGCCCCUGAGGUUGUGGCUAACCAGGAAUACGACGAGAGCUGCGACAUGUGGUCCUUGGGGACUAUUCUGUAUUUUAUGUUGUCCAACAAGCCACAAUCCUUCCGCACAGAUACACCUAACGUGGCGAUGCGGAUCAAAACCGGUGAGCUUAAUUUCGACAGUGAAGAUUGGAGUCACGUGUCCCCUGGUGCGAAACAAGUGAUGAAAGGUCUGCUCACGAUCGAUCCUAGCAGCAGACUCACCGCAGCUUCUCUGGUAUACCAUUCGUGGUUGACAAUGCAUGAUGCGACGGUUCCUCCGGUAACGCCCAUCACUGACACAGUUCAUGCGGACAAUGUGGUAGCCGCCAGUUCAACGUCGACGCACGAGCGCGAGGGUUUCCGGUUGCGCGCGGUCGACGCCGCCAAGUUGGCUCAGCGUCGCAAGCAUAAACGUUCCAAUUCCAGUUCCUCGACGUCGAGACCGUCUUCUUCCUCUUCCUCGAGUCCGUCGUCAGUUCAGUUGCUACAUCUACCAAGCGCCACGGCGAGCGCUGCAAACACUUCCACUUCGUCACCAAGCGUCUUCGACUUCAAUGACGAAGUUGUUAACGAGUACCUGAGUUCUCUGUCUUCUUCUUCCGACUCGAAUUCCUCAAUAAGGUUCUCACUCCUACAGGGAUUGGACCGAACCGCGAAGAAGCGGGCUAAACGCAAUGCCGACCACGAAUCGUCGUGUCAACAGGUGAUCCCGAAGAAGCAUCGACAUCGACGUGACGUCGACAGCGAGGCGAGCGGCAGCAGUAGUAAUGGGCCAAUGACGCGAUCGCGGAAACGUAAACUCGAACAGAUAAAUUCCGACAGAGAAAUAGGUUCUGACAAUUCCGGGGAAUCGUUUGAGUCAUCCUCGCAGACCGCGCAUGACGAAGGGGACGUCCAUAAGAGACAUAAAGCUGGCAAGCGACCCAAACGGCUUGCCACGAUUAUAGUCGAGUAGAAUUUUCCUACUUGUGCUUGGUCCAGUAACGCUCCAAUCAAUUCACACCUUAUUUCCUAUGCAUUUUACACGGUAUAUAACACUGCUGCCUUCUCUGCGUUCGUACAGGACACGAACAUCGCAUCAUUCCUAUCUUAUCAGAGUCUAAGGGCCAGUUCAACUAACUCCGAUUAACUUUAAUCAUUAAUUAAAGGGUUGCCAAUAUAAACAAAAUACAAUGGUAAAGGUUAUUGUGAUUGGUUAGCUCCAAUUGUGUUUUGUUACGUUGGCAACCCUUUAAUCAACAAUUAAAGUUAAUUAGAGUUGGUUAAACUGCCCCUUAGACUAUCGUAUAUAGAUGUAUAAAUAGCUAUAACAUAAUUAUGCCAUCCCAUUUUUCUCUAAAUCUCUUGGUCCAUUUUCUAUCUAAAUAUUUAUAUAAUCGAAAAGUGCAUUCUUACGCGAGAUAUUGAUUUGAAUAUAUCGGAUAAAUACUAGAAAUGGACGUGUAUAAAACGACAUUUAUAUCAUUGUGGUCAGGGUCUCAACAAAGGAUCAACGUUUCUCCGCGAGGAUUUAUACAAUAUACACAAUUUAUUACGCAGUGUACAGAAUUUUAUUUUUAUUACCGUUGUGUGUGUGUGUGUGUGAGAGAGAGAGAGAGAGAGAAAGAGAGAGAAAGAGAGAAAAGUGUAAGUAAACGGAUGCGAAUAAGAUGGUGAAUCGUUUUGUUGCGUUAAACUGGGAUUGUCUGUGAUUAUAAUGCGAGGACGACAAACGUUGUAAGUUAUUAUAACUUAUUACACACUCCCGUUAAAAUUUUCUUCCUUUUCGUCACUUCUGCGAUCGAUAAUCAUAGGGAUGACGAUAGCGAUUAACUAUAUAAUAUCCGAUAUGAAGAAAAUUUUAGCGAUCGCUUAUGAGUGUAUAUGUGGUGAAUGUGCCUCAAAAACUCAUUUCACUAUGAGUACAUUAAAGAUAUUAAUGUAGUAGAAAUGACGCGCGAAUACGCGAAGGUAACAAAAGCAACUGUUCUUACCAGUGGUACCUCAUUAUUGAAAAAAGAAAAAAAACAUAUUUGAAAAGCACGAUUUGUUAAAAAGAUAAAAAUUAUAUAAAUUAAGCACUCUUUUACGCAUAAUGUUAUGUAUGAUAAUGAGAGUAUGUACGAUACAUAUUUAUACAACUUAAAAAAUUUUGUUUAUACAUAUAUGUUAAAUAUUCUAUUCAUUUUUACAGACGACUAUAAAAAGAAAUAAUCAUGUUAUUGACUAGAUAAUAAGUGAAAUCGGAAAAAAAUUUUAUUCAGUAUUUAUCGUUUUUUUCGUAGAAAAUCUCGUCACACACUGAUGUAUUUAUAUAGUAUUUGAUAUGCUUGACAAUUUUGAGAAUGAUGGAAACGAAUGAGUUGCGAUAGAGCAUUCAGAGUGCUAUGAAAAAAUGAAUUAGAUUUAAUUAAGUCAGAUUAUUUAUAGCUUUGUGAUCUAAUGAGUUAUCAUUGAUUCGUGAUCAUUGCAAUUCCUCAUAAUUCAGGAGUUGACUAUUUCCCAACUUAUAUAAUAAGUGAAGGAAUUUGUCAACGAAUUGCGAAUUAUUUUGGAUUUAUCCCCUUUGUCGUUUACGCUACGCUUCUUCCAAGAUCUAAACCGCAAAGCAUGUGAGAAGAAAAUGUUUUUUUCUACAUGACAGUUCUAUGUCACAAAAAGGGGAUUUAUAGAAAAAGAGUGAUGUAUUUCCGGCCUUAAACUUUUUUCAUUUAAUUAGAUAUUGCUGUGUUUAUACUAGUGAGAGACGAUUGUCUUAAUCGAUGUGUAAUAAUUGCUGUGAGAGAGAUGAUGUAACAAAAUGGUAAAGACUGAAAUGCGGUUGUAUAUCAACUCAGGGAACAGACGUGUUAAUUGAGUAACGUUUUGUGUUAUCUUGUAACAAAAUGAUAACGAGAUACGCGAAGAAAAGCAUGUGUGCAUGCUUCUACCAAAGAUGACUGAAGCGACACUCCUCUGUUAAACCAAAUAAAGUAACAGUGUGUAGCGGAGAGAAGCUAUACGCGAGAUAUUAUCGAAUUUAAUAUGUAUAUAAUAAUCGUUAUUAUAUAUAUAUAGAUAUCUAAAACGCAAAGAUGCUGAUGUAACAGAUUAUAUCUAUAUAUUUAAUAUAUCCUGUCGCUAUAGAGAAAUCAUAUUCUUUAAUAAGAGAUAUAUACAUUUAUACAUAUAUAUGUUUACACACACGCGUAUAUAUAGAUAUACAUAUGCAUAUAUGUGUAUAUAAACAUAUACAUAUACAUGUGUAUAUAUACAUAUAUGUCUACUUAGAAAUCAUAAAAGUCAUUUAAAGUUAUAAACUUUAUAAGUUACAUCAGUCUUGUAGAACAAAUUUUUUUCUAAGAAUAUAUUAUUAUGUUACAAACGCUCCUUCAGGGUUUUCAAAGGAUGUGUAUACAUAUGUACAUAUAAAUUUGAAUAUAUACGAACAGUUAUGCAGGUUGAAGCUUGUACCAUAUGAUGAGAGUGCUGUUCUGUUGCUAUAAAUACGUAAAAGAGACACCUACCUUUGUUACCACUGGUUGUUAAAAUAUAUAAUAAUGCAAUAUUUAUUUAUAAAA